AUGAUCUAUCCUAGACAAGCAUCGACACUAAAAGACUUCAUUCUGCACAUCUCGAAUCUCAUAAGGAUACAAAAUUAUAAUGUUGGUCACGAGGAUAUUCUUGAUGAUAUUUAUGCUCUUAUUCGACGUAAUAACUUACCAAUAACACUGGUUGGAAAUUCAUAUCGUGGUAUUGGUGUUAGUGAUGUGAUUUUUGAUGCUCGACUUGAAAUUGAAUAUCUUAAUUUAGACACUAUGAAAAGAAAACAGUGA